GCACGACAAUGGCUUUCGCAUCAAGGAAAAACUUCUGAUGCAAUGUAUCGACGCUGCCCUGUUGUCCCUUACAAGCACGGACAACAACGAGCAAAUAGCCUUCGAUCGCUUAUGCGGGAUGGCAAAAUACUUCCCCCGCUUCGAGGUACCUCUUGAUAUCGUGAAGGAGGUAAGACCAAACGCUUUGCAUCAAUCCUCUUUGCCUCUCUUACCUUGCCGUCUUAAUAAUAUAGGUCGUUCUGGCCAUCGUGAAGUCUCCAAUCUCACCAACAUGUGCCAACCGGGAGCAACAGGCAAUUCUCGACUCGAACGGAGGCAUUGCAAACCUGUCGAGCAGAUAUAAGGCUUUCAAGCGUUUCUCCCACGCACACCCGGACCUUACCCCGAUGGAAGAUGUCGCUCGAGGCCUGGUAACCAAUUUUUCAAAAGGGGCAUUGCAUGCCUCUCCUGCGUCCUUGGCGUCGACCAUGAUCGCGUUGCUUCGCGAGAUGCCAAGUCUGGACGAAAUCGGAGGCAAAUUUGCAGCUUUGACCGUUCUUUGCGACUUUGAGAAACAAUACAUUCACCGCUACCCCUCUAGUGAAAGUGAUGAUCCUUGGUCAACCUUUGAAGCGACACAUAUAGAACGGCUCCACUCUCGUCUUGAGAGCCUCAAAGUCGGACUCGAGGAGGCCAUCGACUUGCUCGUCAGCCCUCACACUUUCACACACGCCAUUUGCACUUACAUUCUCGACCAUCUCGGAAAAGAACAGGGAAUAGAGGCCGUGGAUGUGGUGAAGGCGGCGCUGAGGAAAUGCAUCGUUGAGCCAAUGUCUGGCAACAAGCUUCCGAUCCUGAAGAUGACGCUGGAGUGCUCCGGUGCCGAACAAAACUCGCGCAGUACUUUGAGCUCACUACUGGCCGAUGCACUCGCAGAAUGGAGGAUCGACCUUAACCAGCUGGCAAGCUUGACGGCGAGAGAGACUGAUGUGCCCGUUCGUACUCCUCUUGCAUGGAUCAGCGCAGGGUCUUGCAGUACAGUGCAGGGCCCUUCACCACUCGAGGUGACAAAAGGUAUGACAGCAAUUCCGUUCAGCACCGGUCGGUCGACGAUGUAUUUGAGGAGCGUCCUCUCUUUUUACGACCUCCGGCAGGAAGAAAAGGCAGCAAGUGACAGGGAUCUCUCGGAUAUGGACGAAGAAGGAUCGAGAUCGGAGCAGGAGCCGCACGACUCUGGGUUCUGGGAAAGCCCUAACGAUCAUUACUUGUCUCCGACGAAAUGUCCGUUGACAGCAGAGGAUUCCCCAAUGAUUCACAUAGCUACUUCCGCCUGCUGCACCUCUUGCCAAGCAUACAGCCAUUACUGUCACCCGGCGACGACAAUUCCUUUUUACGAAGGGGCUCAGGACUAUUUGCCUCAGUCUCACCCCGUUAUGCAGGACAUCGUUCUCGCCCACGCAAUCAUCAACGAGAAGGAGGACACCAUACGCAGACUUCUCGGCGAUGGUUGCCAACUCACAAUGGCGCAUUUUCAAAUUCUGGCCCAGCUGGGUCGUCGCAUACCUCUUGCCGUCCGAACACACCUUCUCAAGGGUGCCCCCUUUCGUCAAGGCAAAGUUGAUUCUCCCAUGGCUAUACACAGAUACAAUGAGUGGCCCACGAGGGAGUCAAAGGACAAAGACGACAGCAGAAUGGAUCUCCUCUUUGCCUGGAGAGACCGAGUCGAGGCAAUGGACCUAGCGUGUACUGCAAACAAGGUCCUUCUGCGAGAGUCAUUCCGGGUUAAAAAACGGCGUCAACAACAUUUGGAGGAGCAAUUAAACGCAGAACGAGGCGCGCUUGACACCAUGGAUGACGAUGACGGAUUGUUCUUGCCCACAGCGGCUGCCAGGAAGCAGUUGUCUCGCAAAGCUGGCCGUACGGCCAGGCCCUUAUCUAUCGGCCUUGAAGCAGCCAAGAAAGAGCCCAAAUCGCAGGAAGGAGCGCUCAGAAAGCAGCUGCCGAGGAGAUCGACUGCUAAUGUAAACUACGCCACCAUGCUCACCACAUCAGAAGAGUCUGAAAACUCGGACUCGGACGACCAGAGCCUCGCAGGAAGCGAGAAGAGCGACCUCACCGAUCCCAGGAGUAUCGAUGGUAGUCAGGUUCUCGCGAACGCAAAGACGAAGCAGGGCGAGAUUCCCUCAGAGGACGAAGGCGACAUGAGUUCUGAUAGCGAUGUACUCAGUGAAGUAGAUUACGAGGAUUCCGACUUUUUCUGUGAUGAGAUCUUGUCGCUGUCAACGGGACGAGGGAAGAAGAAAAAGGAUCAGAAGGCGAACAAAGAAGGGGUGCUUCGACGGCAUGCGAAAUGGUUUCGGAAUCUUUCGACCGACCAGUUGAACAGCCACCUCUCGAGACUCGACGACAACCUCAAACGCGGAUUGAGAAAGGCCCAGCAAAGUGUCGUUCUUCACCCAGCUGCGACAGGACUCAGCGACGAUGUAGAAGACGACAAAGACGUGUACGGGUUCAAAAGCAGUGACGGCCCUCUAGUUCCAGAUUUUUCCCCAGUAGACCCACCCUAUACGAGCACUCUCAGGCGCUUUCGUGAGAAACAUGCGUCCGGCAUUAAGUGGCUCGCCCAUCUCAAGACCUUGAUGUGGUGAGUGCGAAGCAUCGUCAAACGCCUUUUUCGAAGCUGAGAAUAGAUCUGCGAUCAGGUUCGAGUACAGGAAGCUUAGGCUGGUCCGUACGAAGAUCCGUCACGAUGCCGC